CUCCCUUCGCCCACCCUCGCUCGAUCCCGGCCCCCGCACGCCGGGCGCACAGUACCAUGAUGAGCGGCGGGCUUCCCGGAACCGGCAACACCCUGGGCGGGUACGCCAGCACGGCGUACCUGUCGCCGCGACAGCACUUUCGCCGGCGGCUCCAUGUGGUCAAGAAUGCCGUGGCCGCGGACUCGCCGAACCUCUCGCGGGCCAUGCAGUACGCGGUCAUCCGGUCGCUGAUGCAGCUGCGCGCCAUCGAGGUGAGCGUCGAGCGGUCGGCCAUGCCGACCAUCCCGUCCGGGCUGCAGGCCGAGUUCUCCUUCGGCGCCGGGCGCAGCCAUAUCUUCGGCUCGGGGCUGAGCUUUGUCGUGUCGGAGAUCGACCAGCUGGACAAGUAUGUGGAGGAUGUGCUUCCUCGACUGUCAUCGGUGGUGGCCCUCUCGGAGCCGGGGCCGCGGCCGUCGCUGUCCUCCGGCGGGAGCGGGAUCGCCACGCCGCCGGCCAUGGUCGGGCACUCGAGCAGCUCGUCGGUUGUCCACCCGGGCGGUCUGGGGACCGCCGUCAUGGCCACCGCGGCCCCGCCGGUGCGCUCGAGCUCCCUGACUGCCACGGCCGGCGACCCGGGCCCCUUCCUCCGGCCGCUGCUGGCCAGCGGUCCCCCCCCGGCCGACUCCCUCUUCGGGCCGUCUCGAAGCUCGGGCGCCGAGUCGUCCGGCGCCCGGGCCGGGGUCCUGCUGGACCUGACGGAGUUUGAUGAUCCCUUCGCCACGCACUCGACCUCCGGACUGCUUGCGUCCUCCUCGGCGUCCUCCUCCUCGGCGUCCUCCUCCGGCUUUUCGUCGUCCCUCUCGCCGGCUGUCCUGGCUCCAAGCGGCGGCGGCGGCGGCGGCGGCGGCGGCCCGGCCCCGAUGAUGGACUCCGGGCAGCUGGACUACUUUGACCCCUUUUCGGCCACCACCCCGGGCCGGAGCUCCGAGGCGUCGGCUCGCUCAUCCGAGCACUCGGCCUCCGGGCUGCUGAAUCCCCUGGCCGGGAUGCCGCUCAACAGCAUCCAGGACUUCCGCCGGAAGAUGUCCCUGACUGUGCCACCGGCGUCGCUCAUUUCCUCGGUCACCAUGUCCGACCGGGCCAAUGGCCAGCGCUGGUUCCAGAAGGCCUGGGCCGACAUCGGAUCCACCGUGGUCGCGAACCACCACAGCGAGCAGCUCCUCCUGCGCUCGGUCCUCCGAGGGGUCAACUACGCCUGGCUCCUGGCCGAGCUCCUGACGUCGCCGCGGUUUGCGGCAGCCAGCCAGCGCCCCGGUGCCCCUGUGGGCAUGCUGAGCCCGGAAAGCCUGGAAGGCUCGGCACUCCACUCGCCGGACCAGCUCUUCGGCACGGGGGACCACACUUCGCCGGGGCUCGGGGCCCCGGGGCGCUACAUGUCCGACAUGGACCUGCUGUCCGGGUGCCCGGGCAUCGCGCAUGUGAAAGCGCGCCUGGCCCAGUUGCUGGCUUGCCCGCAUGCUCGCGGGGCCUAUGGGGUGCCGGUUUUGCGGGGCCUGGCCGGGGGCACGGCCGCCGGCGGGGCCAUCCCCGAGACCCAUCCCUUCAGCGAGGACCUGGCCCCGGUGCUGGCGUACACGGCGCGCAUUUUCUUUUCCGACACAUCGCAAGUGCUGCGCUCGGCCGGGGCCGGGGCCGGGCGUGGAUCGGCAUCCGGCUCAGGGUCCGGGUCCGGGUCCAGUCGGCGAGGUCCGGUGGCCGAUCAGCCGGGUGAUCGCCUGUCGUCGGGGCCGCCGUCGGGGGGCCAUGCCUCGGGGUCGGCCUCGCAGUCGGGCUCCUCGCAGGCGCCAGGCAGCAAGCCCUCGAGUCCGGUGCUGGGCCUCGGGCAGAUGCCCGGGGUCGGGGCUGGCGGCUCCGGGCCCGGCCCCGGGCCGGGGUCCGCCUCGACCCCGGACUCCGGCCGGCUGUCGCGCCAUGGGUCCCUGAGCAGCCUGGGGUCGCCGCUCAUGCGUGCCGGCUCGUUGCUGUCCUUCUCCAGCAUCGGCGAGGCGGCCGGGGACCAGCGGCCCGGGCCGGGUCCCGUGGCGUUCACCCCGCCGGUGGCCGGGGACCAGCGGCUCGGGCCGGCGGCCGACUUCGCCGCCCUCGGCCCGGCCGGGUCCACCUUCUCGGCCCUGGGUACCGGGGUGGAUGCGGCGCAUGUGCGCGACCUCUCGCGCAUGCUUUCAUCCAUCCACAGCCAGACGCACAUCAGCGACUUUGAAGAUGCGGUGUGCUGCGCCCUGGAGUUCUCCAUGCAGCUGGCCGCCCUGGACACGCAUCCCCUGUAUGGUCGCGAGAUUGGGGCCGCCGGUGGCUCCGAAGAUGGUAGCCUCCCGGGGGCACAUGCCGGUAGCCUGCUCGACCCGAUCGGGGCCUGGCAGCAGAGCGCCUUCGAUGAGUUGGUCCUGCGGGUGCACUUUCUCUGCCAAGUUGCCAGCCUGAUGGCCGCGCGGGAUGGCCUGCUGGCCGAUCUGGGCAGCGUGGCGCUGGACUCGUUCGCGGAAUCCCUCUGCUUCGCGGUUCUGCUUGAGGGCCAGGAGAUCGUCACCUUGCGGCGAAAGCAUUGUUUCGUUGGCGAGAUCUCCCUCUCCUUCAACAGCCUGACACACGUGUGCGAGUCGCUCGGGACGAGCCUGGCCCAGAUGGAUGAGCUCUGCCAGUGUGGCCCGCAUGCCUUCCACGACGAUAGCAACCGGUCGUGCAUCCGCUGUGGGCGGCCCUUCACGCCGGAGCCGACAGUGCGUAUUCUGCCAGGCAACUUGGGCCCCGCGUCCGGCGGGCCGGACGCCGGUGCCCCGGGCGCCGGGUCGGCCGCCCCCCGGCCCCAGUCGCUCGUGGGCUUCAGCUUCUCCAUCGACCUCCCGCAGCCGACGUCGCGACUGAAGCUCCUCCUGUCGGACCUCCGGUGCACCGAGACGUCGGCUCCUGGCGGGUCGGUGGCCAACGGGGCGGCCCCCUCCGGGGGGGUGCUUUCGCCGCUGGACGCGGCUCACUCCUGGCUGGAUCCGGAGUCCGGGGAGGCCCGCGCGCUCAGCAUCGACUUCAGCCGCGGUGUAGCCCGGCCAUUUGCCGGGCCCGGGGCCGGGACUCCCAGCAGGGCCGAUGCAUCUCAGGCGGCCGAGCAGCCCCUGCGCUUUGACCCGUUCGGGGAAAAUAUCCCCGCCGGGUUGGCCGUUUCGUCGAAAGCCCUUGUGUCCAGCCUGCUGGCCCGGUCGUCGGUGUCGGUGCCUCUGAACAUGACCCGGGUGACGGCCAGCGCGGCCGCGGCCGCGGCCGCGGCCUCCACCACCCAAGACAACGACUUCCUGUUCAUCUCCAACCCCGUCACCCUGCCGGGUGUCAUUCGCCUGGCCAUUUCCUCGGCCACAUUGGAUCUGGAGCCCUGUGCGUCGGCCCUGACCGGGAGCUUCCAGUCGCGUCUGUCGCUGGACUUCCCGUUCAGUUCGCACAAGGGCUCGGCGGCGGGUAGCAAUACCGGCAGUGGCGGCGGCGGCGGCGUCGGCGUCGGCGGCGUCGGCGGCAGCGGCGGCGGCCCGCCUGGUCCUUGGACUCGGAUGGAGUCCGAUGUGUCGGUGGAGUUCUGCUGGGAUCCGCAAUUCUUCCAUGCCAUGCCGGACUUCCACUCGCGCUUUGAACUGCUGGCGCAGCGAUGCAUCGUGCACGACCUGGCCUCCUUCGUGCCGAGCCCCGAGGCUCGAAGCCAGGACCCCGGCGUCUUCCAGGACUGCCUGUCGGCCGAGUCGCGGCUGCUGCUCAGGUCCUUCGCCGGCUUCUAUGGGCUGCGGCCGAUCUACUGUGACAUUGUCGAGCUGUAUGUCCUGGUGGACCUCUUCCUCAUGGCCAUCACCCCCGAGAGCAGCCCCGCCUCCUCGCAGCUGAUCUCCGAUGGGCUGGUGGCCAGCAUCCUCAUCCUGCAGCAGGCGUCCUUCGUGAUGGACAAGCUGCUGCAGCAGUUCCGCUCGACCGAGGCCCUGAGCGGGGCCCUGCUGGACAGCUUCUGUUCGUCGGCGGCCCAGUCCAUCCUGUGCCACAUCGAGCAGACCACCUUGGAGGCGUCGCUGCGGACCCUGCACUCGCUGAUGGUGGACCGGCUGUCGCGGUACUCGGAGCUGUUCCCGGUGCGGCCGUCGUACUCGGAGCAAUUGCCCUUCGACACGGCGCGGCCCUUCUACCAUGCGAUGCAGCUGUAUUUGCAGACCCUGCGCUUGACAUUGGCCCUGCAGAACAUCAUCACCCCGGAGGUGGGGUUCUCCUUCCGGGAAAUUGUCCACACCUGCAUCCGGCAGAAUGCCAAGCGGGUGUUCAGCUUCAUCACGAAUGAGCUCGGGCCGGCCGAGGGCCCGGGCGCAAGUGGGGCCGGGGGCGCCAGCGCGUCGGACCCCGGCGCCGGCGCCGGCGCCGGCCCGGGCAUCGUCCGUGCCACCUCCACCUCCUCGCUGUUGCCCUUCUCCUCGUGGUACUCCUCGAGCGGCGGGCUGGCUGGGAUGUUCUCGGUGUCGCGACUGGGCCGGCCCUUCCAGGCGCUGGACGGCCUGGCGGGCGGGGCAUCGGGCGCCGGCGCCGGCGGUGGUGGUAGUUUCGCCGGGGGAGCUGGUGCGCUGGGCCCGGGCGCCGGUGGCGGUGGCCCAUCGGCCGAUGGGCUUCUUCUGCCCCCGGCUGCCGCGGGCUCUGGCGCCGGGCACCUGCUCAGUAGUGAGGACAUUUGCACCAACUUCUCCGAGCUGCUGCUCUACCAUGCGCUGGAGCCGGAGCGCAUCCAGUAUGGCCCGAAUGUCUUCUCCAAGUUCGACGUUGACUCGGUGUCGGUGGCGGCCUGCCUGCACUUCGAGCUGGCCACCAACCUCCUGUCGAAGAUUUUCCUCGACGCACAUCACGCCCUCACCCGGGGCCACAUUUUGUCGGACUGCGAGCGCAUCAUCUCCGAGCACAUGGACCGGUCGCUGCGAGCCGGGGCCUUUUCGCUGGCCAUGCGGGCCGGUGUCGGGACUGGCCCCGGCAGCCGGUCCGGCCCCAAUGGGCGGUUCUUCUCGGGCCCCGGGGCCGGGCGUCUUGCCCCGCGCCCCGGGCCCGGGCCCGGGUCCCGGACGUCGGACUUCCCGAACAACGAGCACUUCCUCAACCGCUUCAAGUCCUACUUCGUCCUUCAAAAGAUCAACUCCAUCUACAACUCGUUCCUGCUGGAGUCUCCCAAGCAUCUUCCUCACAAUUCCCCGCUUCCCGAGGCCUUCCCCAUUGAUCAGUGGUUCUCGCCGCUGGUGGUCAUCUGGCUGACGCACUACCUUCAGCCGACCCUGCGGCGGGGGUUCGUCAUCCCGGAGGACUCGUGGUUUGAUACGAGCCGCGCCGCCUCCGGGUCAUCGUCGUCGUCGUCCUCCUCCUCCGGCUCCUCCUCCUCCUCCGGCUCCUCCUCGUCGUCUUCCGGUGGCGGCAGCCGGUCCGGCGGGUCCGGGGGGGCUGGCGGAUCCGGCGGGUCCGGGGGGGCUGGCUCUGGCGGCUCGUCGGCCUUCGGCACCUCGCCUGCCCGUUCGCUGCAUGCCAUGACUUUGUCGGACAUUUUCUGCUGCAUCUCCAAGGUGCACAACUUCCUAAUGCGCUUCUCCUGGUCGAACACGCAUGCCCUGACCACCGUGCUGGGGUGCUUUGUUUCGAUUGUGUGCGAGCACUCGCGGGAGUUCGGCUCUUCGGCGCAGGUCCUGUCGUUCCAGUACCUGACGGCUGAUGCGCUGGAGGCGGCCGCCCGCGACCAGGCCACUUCGGCCGUCGCCUCGCCCGAUGCCAACUUCUUCUCGGCCUCCUAUUCGGGCUUGUGGAAGAAGAGUUCCAGCUCGGCCGGCGACAUCCGCCUUGGUGUGCCGCGGAUUUACUUCAUCAUCAUGAACACCCUCGAGCGGCUGGUAGCCUACCUGACCCACCUCCGGCGCUUGACCAUGGAGGACCUGCACCGGUAUGAGCGAUCGCACCCGACGCCGAGCGGCCCGGUUGGCGGCGCGCUGCAUGACUUCCAGACCCUGGUGGCCCCGAUCGAGCAGCACUUCGACACGGCCAUCUUGGCCCUGAAUCAGAUGCUGCUGGCCAUGGCCGGGCGCCUGGUGGAGGCCCUCUGCCAGGGGAUCAGCCCGACCUGCUACGAGUACUUGCAAUUGGUGGCGCCGUCGUCGCUGCUGCUGACCGUGGACCAGCCGGCAGUCGGGACCAUGGACCCCGGAGCUGGGGGCAUGCCCGGCGGCGGCGGCGGCGGCGGCGGCGGCGGCGGCGGCGGCGGCGGCGGCGGCGGCGGCCCGGACGCCAGCACCGCCUCGCUGGCCUUGGGCGGGGUGUCCGGCGGCCUGGGCGCCGCGGCGUCCUACCUGCUGGGCGGGGCCGGGCUGGGGACCUCCUCGACACGGAUCCAAUCGACGCCGUUCCUGGCGCCGCGGCUCUUCGGCCUGGUGGGGUCGCUCUACUUGGACCCGUCUUUCAUUGUGACCGAGACGUCGCCCUACCGGCUGGGGACCCUGUUGGGGUUCGGCUCGCGCGGGGCCCAGACCCUCGGGGUGCUGGACUCCGGCAUAACCAAGCUCCCGCAGAAGAUGACCGAGCUGGAGCUGAUGCGCCUUGUGGCCCGGGCCAUGGAAUUCACGGUGGUACCCUUCGUGGUGGCCUUCUGUGCGGCGGUGUCGCCGCAUUGCUACGACAGUGUCUUCCGGAAGGUCUAUUCGGCGCUCUUUUCCCACAUUUGCCGGCUGACCACCGGGGUGCUGGAAGCCGGGGCCAGUAACUUGCGCUUUGCCACGGCCAUCGCCAGCCACCGCACCCCGCUGGAGCUUCUGAUCGAUCUUCUGGGGAACCUCUUCUUCAAUGACACGAUCACCGGCGAUCAAACCAUGUUCGAUCUUCACUCCAACCUUCGGGCCACCAUUACUGCCUAUAAUUUCAUCAAGUAGCCCCCGGUGACGCUUGUGGCUGCCCUGCUGCCGGCGCCCGGGAGGAAGAUACCCAUGCCCAAGGCGGUGCCAACACGCGCGUGACAUUGUCCCCUUGCUUCUUUGUUCUCCUCACUGUCCUUGUGUGUGUGUGUGUGUGUG